AAUGUAUAGAUAUAUUUCAUCAUUUACUUAAAAUCAUUUAAUCAUGGAUUAAAUAAAAGUUUUUAUAAAAGACUUUAAAGAUGUUCCAAAGUUAGCAACCUCAAAAUUGAACUUAGAACAUAUAAAUUCACUCAAAGACAUUCAACAGCUAUCAGAUUAAUGGCAAUUUAAUCCAGCUAUGACAGUCAUAAAAAGAGAAUUUGAGUUCCCUACUUUUAAGGAAAGCUUUGCUUUUAUGAGCUCAGUUUCUGAUAUUUCUGAUUAAAUGGAACGUAAAAUAUUCAAAUUAACAAUUUAGAUUAUCCAAAAUGGUAUAAUAAAGGGAACAAAGUUAUUGUUGAAAUAACUACUCCUUAGGUUGGACUGACAAUCAAAGACAUUUUGUUAGCCUACACUAUGGAUAACAUUUCAGAUGAUAUCCAAAAUGAAGACAUCCAAUUUAUCAGUUAAUAAAGUAAAUUGACUUCUCAAUCUACUACUUUACUGAAUGCUUGGAACAAAAAUUACUCUAGAUUUGAGGAAGAAGUUGCCUCUUAAUUAUAGAGAAAUGUCAACCAAAUUUGACG